UCCUGCCCCACAGCCCUAGCGUGUGGCGUGUGGUGGUAGAGUGAGUUAGGCUAAUUAAUUAUGUUUAAGAGAGUCUCUGGUGGUGGUCUUGCGAGAGGCGAUACUGCAGGUUGGCAGUUUGUGCCAUUCUUGGUAGGCCUAGUGUUGGCUCUUUUUUUCUAUUCUGUCUUUUGUUUCCUCGUACAAUUUAUGAAACGUUUUCGCCCGAAUUUCAGCCUUUUUGCAAUAACAAUUGCAGUUUGCCGAUUGACACAUUUGAAUUAAGAGGCAAUCAAGUGCAGCUCAAGAAUGUAAAACUGUAACUUUUUUCAACAAAGCCUGAUGGCAGGUCUAGCUCUUUAUUCCCUCAUUGAUGAUGGGUCUCAAUUGUUUACCGGUGACCUGGCAAAGAAGGGGCGUCGGCCAUGGAAGCGAAGUUGGAUGGAAGGAAGGUUCCAAAGAUGUCUACUUCACACAAGGCCAGGCUUAGGCCUAUAUCAAGAACAGAAACAUUGAAUGGUGAAUCUUGCUAUUAGCAAGAUGAGAUCGCAACAAACCGAAGGCGAGGCAGAAAAAUCAGCAAAAACUACAGAUUUUGACCCCUUUGACGUUGACCCCGACAACCCCUUUGAUAUUGACCCUGAAUACAGGUUUGAAGUUGACCUUGAAGACCCUUUCGAAGAUGAUCCUUCGUAUGUUCCUGGAAAUGAUUCUUCCAGUUCGAGUGAGGACAGUGAAUUAAAAGACCCCAUACAGACAACUUUGAAGAGAGGAUCAAUAGUAAAUACAGAGACUGUAGCUGAAACUAGUGAUGAGAGUGAAGUGUAUCCUGUACUGGAAAUGGAAAAGUCAAAUAAACCAAGUACAGCCACAAAGAAGACGAAACCCAAGAGACCCUGCUAUUACUGUGGUGAAUAACAGUCUCAGUUGGUCAGACAUCUCAAGAGAAAACACAAGACAGGGGAUGCUGUGGUUGCUGCACAGCUGCUCCCAAAAGCGGAACAGCUCCGAGCGUUUGAAAAGAUAAGAAAAGAGGGAAUUUUUAGAGUGAAUUUAAAUUAAGUGUGAUGGAAAAGGGUCAGCCAUUGAUCAGAGAGAGAAGGCAAGGCAGCAGUAACAAUGCUGAUGUACGAAUGUGUAAUGGCUACCAUGGAUUUUUGUUUAUAGAAAGCAAAUUUAUAGGCACAAAAAAAGAUGUGUUGAUAUAUCAGGGACCUCUUGUGGCUCUGUUAACUGUUCUACAUCUUGGAAAAGUGCGGAAUCUUUAGGUGUGACCGAAGAAUUUAAAUCUGUUUUAGACAGUUUUAGGAAUGAUGAAGCUGGUAGGUUAUGUCAAAGUGAUUCUUUUAUCAUUUUGUUGGGAAAGAAGUUGUGGGCCAAAAGCAUAAAAAAGAGAAACAUGUCAUGUGAGAGAUGAGAGAGUGCUUGCCAACUUAGUUCUUACAAUGAGAAUUGUAUCUCUAAAUGAAAACCUUUGUGCACAUAACGUAGUAGAAAGAGAGUAUUUUGAUACCCUAUGUGAUUCUAUCAGAAAUCUCACAACAGGAGAACAUGGAGAAGUGACACCUGGCUUAAAGCUGAAAUUGUGAAAAUAGGCUUGUUGCUGAAGAAAAUGAUAAAGAUUGCCAAAGGAAGCUACAUUCAAGCUGGUGAAAUAGAGAAGUCAGUGGAGACUGACAGGUUUUCUGCAGUUCUGGAUCUUAAUUGGGGUUACAUCUUUUACACUGCACAAGUCAUGUGUGAGCAAAGACGAAACACACUGAGGAAACCACAGGCAAUGCCGACCGAGGAAGAUAUUUCCACGUUGAGGGUGUUCAUUUUGAAUGAGAUGCACAAGUUGUCAGGUGAUGAGUUCAAGAACUGGGAUCUCCACGAUUUUGUGAAGAUGCGGAAUUUAAUUGUGAGUAGAUUGGAGAGGAGGCGAGUCUGCGAGGCUUACCCUGCAGGAAUGGGAAGAGGCUGCCAAUGACUCAUGGGUUGAUCCUCAACUUGUUCAAACCGUCAAAGAUCCACUGGAAAAAGCCCUUCUCAAACAAUUUAAAUUGGCAUACCAGGCUGGAAAGGCUUCAAAGAAACUGGUACCCAUAUUGAUUCCCAUUGACACUGUGAAGCCGAUCAUGAAGUUGGUUGAACAAUGUAAAGAAGUGGAAGUACCAGAGGCCAAUCCAUUCCUUUUUGCAAACACUGGAACUUCCCUUGACCGUGCUGUUGGCUGGCAAUGCAUAAAAGCUGUCAUCAAAAUUAUGGGUCCUGAACUGGAAAAACCAGAGCUUUUGAUAGCAGACAAAUUUAGACACAGAAUGUCAACACUGUUUGCUGUCUUAGACCUACCAGAAAAUGAACGAGCAACAUUCUACAGACACAUGGGUCAUUCAGAAGCUAUUAACAAGCAUGUUUAUCAAUGCCUUCUCUCCAUUGGAGAAGUUGUCAAUGUGGGUAGUUUCCUAAAGGCUGUUGAUGAGCCCUCUACACGUAAUAAGCUGCCAGUGUUAGCAACUGCAACAGCAAAUCCCACAACAGUUACAGAAGCCAGCAGCGAAUUCCAACCAACAGAAAACAAUGGACAGGGUCACAUAAAUGAGUCUGAGACAGAACUGACUGCUCAACAGCCAACUCCCGAAGAGCUUGAAGAGUUCCCAGAUUUGUCGGAUGAAAGCAGAAAGAAGAAUGAGGCCAUAGGGGCAACGAAAGGGAGAAGAUGCUGCAAAUGGUCUGUCGAAAACACAAGGCUGGUGAAAGAGUUUUUUAGAGAAACAAUUCAAGAUACCUCUUCCGUAGAGUUCAAAGGCUCUCUGCCAGGAAAGUCUGAUAUUAUGGCCUUCCUUGACAAGCAUCUAAUUUUCAGGGAAUCGGAAGAGAGUAAGUUCUCACUGAAAGAGCAGAUUGCUCUUGUGAAGACAAAGAUCUUCAAUGAAAGAAACAAAGCACGCUCAUCUUUUAAAAACUUGACAGCAUAGAAUAGCUAUGUGCUUAAGUAUAUACACUAGGCCUAAACUAUAUUUUAGACUUUACCAAGUUUAAGAUAAUUAUUUGGUAAACUUUUCAGGGAGAAAAUUUGUCUCCAGCAUUUUUGUAUUGCUUCUGAACUUUUCCGUGUUUUUUUUAGGUUCAUAAGAUGAAGCGGCAGAGAUAUACAUGUAUUGUAUUUAAUUGUUAUAGUUGUGGUUAUGUGUUUGGCAGAGCUUUUAUUUUUUAGAACUAUAAUCACGAAAUAAAUUAUGAUAAUGGAAACAAAAAGCAACUGAUUGUUGUUUCAAUCAAUGGCAAAAUUAUGGUGAAAAUAAAAUAAAGUCUAAAAGUUUUUCUUUUUCAUAUUAAGCAUAAAGUCUUAUAGAGAUUUUCAAAGGACAAAUCAUUAUUUUUUGUGGGAAAAAUCCAGAAUGAGUACCUCAGUAUCUUUGGAUGUCAGAGACAAUAUGGUUUGCCAUCUGUUGUAGUUGUGAUUCUCAUUAUACCUUAUUCUUGUUUUGGUUAUCAUGCUCAUUAUACGCAAAUUCAUGGAAACAUAAAUUUGGUUGUUAUCAUAUUUCCUCUGACGUGAUUAGACACCAUGUUCCCUUCACAUGCCUGGGCAGGAUCAAUCUACCUUUGUUUGUAUUCCAUUUUUGAUCCACACGUCCUUCUAUGGGAGGUUUGGGGGUUUUCUGUGUAGCAAUGCUAUGUGAACUACAUACCGUGGUUGGGCAGGAAAACUCUGACAUUGAUCUUUCAUUUUAUAGUCUUUUGUAAAAGGUUAUUAAAUUUAUUUGUGUUU